AUUCAUAACCAGGUCGACUGAAAUACUCUUCUUCGGGGGAUCAGAAAUUGAUGCCUGAGACAGGAAGAAGGUCGAUGGCUGUCUCCAGUGCACGUCGCAUCGGAUCGCCAUUAUCAUUGCUUUCUGAUGCAGCCUUUUCUGUCUCCAUUUUGGAAUUUUGGAAGAGAGAGAAAACACUUUGGGUAUGACGAGUGGGGGAGAUGGAUGCAUGGUCGUCGCUUCCGGAAGACGACCGGAAUGCCCAUCCUCUCCUGGUGGACUCCUGAGUGUUCCUCCUCCCUCCCACGCUAUAUUUACCAAAAAAGUAUCGCCCAUCCCCAGAGCUCCAUCUCCUCUAAUCCCGUUCUUCCUUUAGCUGGAUAAAGCUUCCGGCUGGAACCUAACUCGUUUGGGACCAAUUUGUUGUCUGUACCGGUGCCUCAGGGAGAUGAAGGAAUCAACUUGCUGGCUGCCUCUGCUUCUGCUACCUGUCUUCCAUUUGAUGCUUUUUUCUUCAUUUGUCAGCUCCACACCUUUCUUCAAACCCGCGAGUAUCCUUCUCAACUGUGGCGCUUCCUCUAACGAUGUUGACAACGAUAAACGUCCAUGGACCAAUGACUCCACCACCCACUUUGGUCUCUCAAAUUUACAAUCUUCUUUUGCUGCCCAAACUUCUAGCACUGAACUCCCUUCUGUUGUUCCCUACAAAACAGCUCGCAUCUUCACUUCUGCUUCUUCUUACAACUUCACUGCACUUCCUGAAGGUCGUCAUUUUGUUCGGCUCCACUUCUUCCCUGCUGUCUACAAUGACCGAGACACUAAGAAUGCCUUCUUUUCUGUCACAACUGGGCGUUACACUCUGCUCAGCAACUUCAGCCCCGCCAUCACCGCUUCAGCCCUCUCACAAAACUACAUCUUACGUGAGUUCUUCAUCACUGUCUCCUCCUCUGGCUACCUCACCCUCACAUUUACUCCCUCACCAAACACCUCCGAUUCGUUCGCCUUUAUCAAUGGAAUAGAGAUUGUGUCUUCGAAGAAGGAAUUGUUCCCUUUAGGUGCAUCCACUGUUCCAACCACCCAAAUAUACCCCAUACGUGAUUCUGAUGCUCUGCAAACUAUCGUUCGGUUAAACGUAGGAGGGGCUUACGUCUCCCCCACCUCUGAUUCUGCCCUCUCUCGAACCUGGUACGAUGACCUUUCAUACAUCUUCGCUGCUGGUUUGGGAGUUACCUACUCCCGUGAUCCCAACGUCAGUAUCCAGUACUCAAAGGCUGUCCCGGAGUAUAUUGCUCCACGAGACGUGUAUGGCACUGCUCGGUCUAUGGGUCCUAAUGCCUCUGUCAACCAAAACUACAACCUCACUUGGUCUAUUACUGUCGAUAAUGGAUUCCGCUACUUGAUUAGACUUCAUUUUUGUGAGAUUCAGUCUGAGGUGUUUCAAGAGAACCAAAGGGUAUUCAAUGUGUACGUGAAUGAUAUGACUGCGGAUCAUGGAUUCGAUGUGAUUUUCAGUGCGAAGAAAAAUGUCCAAGCUGAUAUUUAUACUGGCGUGGCAGUGUAUAGAGAUUACAUGGUAAUACAGCCUCGGUCGAGUGGCAAGCAAAGCGAUGUGAGGAUUGAGCUCCAUCCAGACGUUGAUGUUCAACCGUAUUACGGAGAUGCAAUCCUUAAUGGGCUUGAAGUGUUCAAGGUCAAUGACUCAUCUGGUAACCUUGCCGGACCAAAUCCUGACCUCCUGCCGCCAGCGCCUGCACCGGAGAAUAGUUCUCCCAUUGGUCGUCAUGGUGGUGCUGGUCACAGCCACGAGAUUGCAGGCGCCGUGGGCGGCAUAGCUGCCGCGCUUGUUGUCGGCGCUUGCAUCUGCUGCCUGUUGUGCGGGUGCCAGAGGAAGAAGAAGGAAAAAGGGAGUGGUGGUAGUGGGUCGACGUGGGUCCUGCUAUCUCCUUAUGCACAAGGGGAAAACGGGAAAUCGACUGCAUCUUCAGCAGAGAAGAGCCUGGGCGCUCUAAGCAACGCCUCUAGUGGUUAUUGCCGGCACUUCAGGUUCUCAGAGAUCGUUGAGGCCACCGACAACUUCAGCGAGUCUCUCCUUCUUGGGGCCGGCGGUUUCGGUAAGGUCUACAAGGGCGUUAUUGAUGGUGGCAAUGAAGUCGCCGUAAAAAGAGGGAGCGAGCUCUCGCAGCAAGGCGCUCAAGAAUUCCACAACGAAAUCGAGAUGCUCUCGAAGCUCCGCCACCGCCACCUGGUCCCCCUGAUCGGCUACUGCGAGGACAGCUCGGAGAUGAUUUUGGUUUACGAGUACAUGGCUCGUGGCAAUCUGCGUGAGCACCUCUACGGCAGAAAAGCCUCACCGUUGUCUUGGAGACAAAGGCUCGAGAUCUGCAUCGGUGCGGCCAAGGGGCUGCACCAUCUCCACACCGGAGCCAAGCACACCCUUAUACACAGAGACGUGAAGUCCGCCAACAUUCUCCUCGACGGCAAUUGGGUGGCAAAGAUCUCUGAUUUUGGCCUCUCGAAGAUGGGCUCGGAGAUGGAUCGUUCCCAUGUGAGCACAGGUGUGAAGGGCACCUUCGGGUAUCUCGACCCUGAGUACCACCGCCUGCAGCGGCUCACCGAGAAAUCUGACGUCUAUUCUUUCGGGGUGGUUCUGUUUGAGGUUCUCUCAGCUCGCCCUGCGCUCGACAGGUCGCGCCCCACCAUGGAGGUCUGCCUGGCGGAAUGGGCGCUCCGCUGCAUGAGAAAAGGCGUGAUAGAACAGAUCGUUGAUCCCUUUCUAAGUGGGAAGAUCGCAGCGGAGAGCCUGCGCAAGUUUGCUGAGACAGCAGAGAAGUGCUUGGCUGACGAAGGAGCAGAUCGUCCCGCCAUGACCAAUGUGCUCUGGAACUUAGAGUUUGCUCUCAGCUUGCAGAGCAGCGCAGAGGAGGCAGACGAGAAGGGUGUGGUCGUUGGUUUUGUUGGCGACUUGGAUGAUCAGGAGGCACCGCUUUCUGCCAAGGGGAAGCGAUCUGAUGACGCCAUUAAUUGGCCGACUCCUGAUACUCUUAACAGCAGCACAAGCUUCGAAGGUGGGAGCUCCACCAGCAUGGGUUCAGAGCAGAUGCACCCAAGUGCAGUUUUCUCCCAGAUCAUGAAUCCUAAAGGGCGGUAAUCUUGGAUUCUUGGUAUUAUAUAUGUUUUUCUUCUACUAGUUAUAUUGGAAAUUAGACGAACAUACUCGUUUCCAUUUGCUACGGGGAAGGAAAUUUUGAAGCUUCAAGUUUCCAGUUUGUGCAGCCAACAAGUAAGGGGAGUUACAGAGGAGCUGCAACGGGCCUUGGUGGCCCUGUUUAUGGCUUAAUUUGCCUCACAAGCCUUUUCCAGUGGACCUUUUCGCUGUUGCAUUAAUGUAUACUACCGUGAAUUCAGCUGGAGGAGGAAAUAAAACAGACGCCCUUCUGCUGUCUUUUUCCUCCAUAUGCCACCUCCGCCUAUAACCAAUAAUGCGGCCUACUGCUAAUAUAGCUCAGUAUUUGUACCUCUUCCCUUUAUUGUUUGUUACAUGACAAUGCUCAAUUGUGUUCUGAAAUGGUCAGCUUGUAUUAGGAUAAUAUGGUCUGCUUGUCUGCUUUUUCA